AACCCCUACUUGCUUGCCUACUUUCUUAUUAACGCAGAAAGAACCAUCAAUUGUUUUCGGGCUCUGCGAGUUUUCGCUAUACCUUCACGAACACUCUAAGGGGAAAGAAGAAAGAGGGUAAACAAUUGCAACAGACACCGACAUUGUACAUUUCAUCAUGGCUGGUCCUGCUGUCAAGCAGCAACGUCUGAAGACGACAUUGACCAAAGCAAAAACACCCAGUACUAAACAGCAUGCAUCGUCGAACCUCAGCAGCUUCACCCGCGUGUCCAAGACACCCACUACUAAGACAGACGUCAAAAAGGAGAAUGUUCUUUCCUCUACACCGAAAAAGAGCAAUACUAUCGAAGCACUUACACCUGCUUCCCGAAAGCGAAAGAUAGUUCCGAGCGUCGAAGAGGACCUAGCUGAUGAGACGCCAACCAAGAAGUCACGUCCUGCCAUCAAAUCAGCGAAGGUCGUGACUCCUGCCAAACCCAGUCGUAGUCGUCCGUCGAAGGAGGUCCGCCCGAAACCAACGCCAAGAAAGAGAGUACGAAGCCCCAGUGUUUCUGACUCGGAUGAAUCGGCCAUAAAUGCUGGCGCUCUUUUCAAGAGACUUCGUCUCGAAUCAUCACCAUCUCGCUGCUCCUCUCCUCUCACGGCCGAUACACCGAUCACCGUCUACUCGGACUUCGAUGAGGACUGCGAUCCAACCACGUCGAAGGCCGACCAACUUCCCGAUGAGGUCCUAGCUCUCCUUGAUCUGCACUCCGCCCUUCUUAAAACCCUCACGUUACACUACGCUCACAAUGGAUACCGUGUCCCCGCGGACCUGCGCGUUUUAUGUCCCAAUGUCGCACGCGCAUGGGGCAAGAAGAAGGUUACGGAUGGGGACAUCCGUAUCUGCCUCGGCGUCUUGACCCUCUCAUCGCAGUCUAACCCACUCUUUACUCUCUCGAACUAUGGACGCGGCAAAAUCUGCAUCGAGAUCGAUGCUAAGCAGCAACGCGGCGGUCGCCCGCUCGAAGAAGACAAGCUCAACAAUGUAUUCCGCGAGAACCUGGUAGGCCUCUGGAGCCAAUAUACAGCAACCAGUCAAACAGACUCUUCAGCCUUUUCGAGCACACUACCAAAGGCGCCCGUCACCGUCUGCGAAUCUGUCGCCAAAGCGGCCCCCGUACUUGCAAAGGGCCAGAAGCGUCUCGAGGAACUCAAAUUCGGCAUCGCUCAGAAGAAGCAGGAGAAAGAAAACAAGGCACAGAAGAAACCAACACAACCCAGUGCCGAUACACCUAUGACCAACGCAGACGGAUCUAAGAUGAGCCUGCUCGACCGCAUUCGCCUAAAGUCCCUACAGAAAGCUGCCUUGCCCGCCGGACUUUCACAAGCUGAGAUCGAGCGGAGAGCGGCACUGCAGCGUGCGUCCGAAGUCGCCGCUUGCUUGGGCAUGCUGAGCCGAGCAGGCGGCCAAGGGGGUAGCAGAGUAUCGUUUUCGAUGGCAGCUACGCUGGAAAAGCUGAAGGAUUCGUUCCGCAUGGGGAUCUCGAAGGAGGAGGGCGCUACUUGCUUGCGGUUGUUAGCGAGUGAGGUGGCACCGGAGUGGGUGCGCGUGAUCACGAUUGGUGGACGGGAGAACGUGGUUGUGGAAACGGAUAGACAGUUGAGUAAGGCGGACGUGGAGGGUCGGGUUCAAGGCUUACUUGGACGGGAGUAAGAGCGAUAUACAUAAUACAUUACAGUCCAUGAGUGGAUGUGGUAAUGAGGAUGAUCAGGGGAGGGAGAUGAGCUUCACUGAACGGUGUCGGGCGAAUUUGUUUUUCUAAGCCAGCAUUGCAUUGCGUUGCGUUGCGUUUCUACUGCUGAGAUGGGAUAUACCACAUAGUCAAAUGAUGAACGGACACGCUGGUCGAAGCAUCGCAUGUUUUAUCACGGAGAACUUAGCAUAGGAAACCCCAAGAGACUCAAAUCACGGGUCUAAUAUAGUGAAAUUUAAACAGAA